UCAACUCCUCCAGCAGAAAAUACUUAAUAAGUGAAAGACCAAAGAAAGAAGUACCGGGGGAACCUCCAACUGGACAUUUUUGGGUUUCAAUUUCUCCUUUUUAAACAUCAAAUGGUAAUGCAGAUGAAACACCAGAACUCCCUUUGUUCCCUCCCUUGUUUUUUCUUCAUUACCAAAGGGAACUAAGGGAUGCCCUUGUCUUCAAUCUCUUUUGCUAUCAUUCAAAAAUACUCCAUUUUUUCUUCAUUUAAUUUCAGAUCAAAACUUCAAACUUUAAAGCCCUGUUUUUCUUAAUGUUUCAUAGAAGGGUAAUAUCAAGUCAUAGUUGAGAAAAAGGAAGCAACUUCAUUGAAUCAUAAUUAUUGCUGCUCAUAUUUCUGGAUAGCCUAUAUGAAAUGUGUGACACAAUGAGACAAGCCAGAAACUCAUUUUGAUUCUUCUGUCAUGUUAUGUGAACUACGAGAUUGCUGUUUAUGUGAAAGUGUAUUUUCCCUGAUGAAGAUUUCAUGGUCCAAGACAUUGGUCAAGAAGUGGUUGAAUAUCAAGAGUAAAGCUGAGGACUUUCAUGCUGACGAUAUUGAUUAUGGAGGAGAUUUUGGAUUCGUUUAUGGUUUCUGUUUUUCCGAUGUUGAUGAAGAUUGGAGACACAGCUUCUUGGAGAGGGAACCAUGCACUAUCAAGAAAAGUGAAACAGAGAGAUUGAGCAAGAGGUAUUCCGAUCGAGUUCGAGUGAGUAAGAUUGAUCUUGAUGGCUCACUAGUUAGAGAUGUGCGUAAUUAUAGGAUUUUUGUAGCUACAUGGAAUGUGGCUGGAAAAACUCCUCCAAAUCAUUUGAAUCUCGAAGAUUGGCUUCAUACCUCUCCUCCUGCUGACAUUUAUGUUCUCGGGUUUCAAGAAAUUGUUCCUUUAAAUGCUGGUAAUGUUUUGGGUACCGAAGACAAUGGACCAGCCAGAAAAUGGCUAGCUCUCAUUAGGAAGAGUCUGAAUAGUCUUCCCAGCACCAGCGGUGGUUGCCGCACACCUGAUCCCCUUGUAGAACUGGAUGCUGACUUCGAAGGAUCAACGAGGCAGAAAGCUUCGUUGUUCUUCCACCGGCGAUCAUUUCAAUCCUUAAGUCGUAGCAUGAGAAUGGAUAAUGACCCUGAGAGGUCACAACCCCGACUUGUUAGUCGAUUCAGUUCGUGUGAUCGUGUUAUCUUUGGGCGUAGACCUGGUGAUUAUGACCCUAAUUUCAUAUGGGGUUCCUCCAUCUCCGAUGACGAGAAUGGACUCGGAGAUUCACCAGGUAACACUCGAUAUUCGCAGUGUUCUCCUAUGUCGUAUGGUGGAUCUUUUCCCAGGGAGGAAAGCAAUCGACAAAUGGGGCAUUCAAGGUACUGUUUGGUUGCCAGCAAGCAAAUGGUUGGGAUAUUUCUGACAGUGUGGGUGAAGAGUGAUCUUAGAGAUGAUGUGCACAACAUGAAAGUGUCGUGUGUUGGCAGAGGAUUGAUGGGUUAUCUAGGAAACAAGGGUUCCAUUUCUAUUAGCAUGUGUUUGCAUCAAACCAACUUUUGCUUCAUCUGUAGUCAUUUAAGCUCGGGGCAAAAGGAAGGCGAUGAGCUGCGACGAAACUCUGAUGUUAUGGAGAUCCUCAGAAAGACAAGAUUUCCCAGGGUUCAUGCAAUGGGAGAUGACAAUUCUCCCCAAACGAUUCUAGAGCAUGAUCGCAUUAUAUGGCUUGGGGAUUUGAAUUAUCGGAUCGCUCUGUCGUACGGUCUUGCAAAGGCUCUGGUUGAGAUGCACAAUUGGAAAGCACUGUUAGAAAAUGACCAGCUACGGAUAGAGCAGAGGCGAGGCCGUGUUUUCGAGGGAUGGAGUGAAGGAAGAAUAUAUUUCCCUCCGACAUACAAGUAUUUGAAUAAUUCAGACCGAUAUAGCGGGGAGAAGAGAACUCCCGCAUGGUGUGAUCGUAUACUGUGGUACGGAAGAGGCCUCUACCAGUUAUCUUAUGUUAGUGGGGAGUCGAAGUUCUCGGAUCAUAGGCCUGUUUUUAGUGUAUUUUCAGCAGAGGUUGAGUCUAUUAACCGUAUACGAAUGCGGAAAAACUCGAGUUGUUCCAGCGCGAAGAUCGAGAUCGAAGAACUGUUGCCGCGGUCACAUGGAGCUCAGUUUCUUUUGAGAUGAUCUCUACCAAUUCCAUAUUCUAUGCUACACCCUUCAGGAAAAUGAUAAAGGAUGUAUUUUUUUUUUCUCUCGGUCAGGCGGAAAUGCCAUAUGGACUCUGUACCAUGGCGUCGACGACGACAUACUUUUGGCCGCAAUCUGGAGAAUGGUGCAGGUUGUAUAUUUUCAAUAAUUCCCAUCUCCAGAAGUUCACAGCAUACUACAAACCAAAUUCCUAGCUGCCAAACUG